UUAAUAAAUAAAGCCGAAUUUACUGCUCUGAAUAUCAGUAAUGUCGCUUUUGAUCUAUUCUCUAAUUCCACUGAUUUUCAUUCGUUCAUGUCAAUCGGGAUCGUCAUCAUCGUCAUCAUCAUCAUCAACACCCGAUUGUCCUGAACAGCCAAAAGUAACAGGUUUCUGGCGGAUUGUUAAAGUGCUAUCAGUUCUUAUCAGCUUCUUAUGCUCUUUAGAUGGUAUAUGGAAUACAAUAAGCAGUAUAAAACAUCAAUAUGGUAAUCUGACGGCUAAAGAAUAAAAAUCCAUGAUUAUUUCUUUAAUAAUCAAAACUGUUUGUACCUUGGUAUGCACUGAUCUUUCUGUUGCGUAAUCAGUAAAUAAUCCAGUGUACGUGAAAAACAGUAGACCAGAUAACGAUGUGUAAUCUCUGUGCAUACAUUGUCGUUUAAAUAUUGUAUUUUUUCUAGUAAAUUUAAUACAUAUCUAUAUAUUCAGUAUUGAAUAAAAUCUUGAGUAAAAUAUUACCUACAU